AACGCAAGUUUUGGCAUGGGUGUGAGCUCUGGAACUCCACUCGUGAUCCAACACGAUAGAGAGAGAAAAAGGGUCUUGCCUUUUUUUCUGCUUUUGAUUUGACUCUUUACAAAUACAAAUAAAUAAUAAAAUCCCAUCAAGAAGAAAUAAAUAUCAAGCCCAACCCAGUGCAGUGCUGCAGGGACUGUCACUGAACUCAAAAAUGAACUGUCUUCGGAAUCUUUCUCGAUUCUCUGUUUUGCCCUUCGAAACACCUGUUACGCGCCACCGCAAGAACCUUCCCCUUUCCCUGGGUUUCGUCAACAAUUCUCGUCAAUAUCCAACUAUGGCCCUCAAGGCUGCCUCAGGUUCUAUACCAAGUGCAGACACAAGUAGUGCCGAUAAGGAGGAAGAAAAGUCUGAGACAUAUAGUCAUAACAUGACAGAAGCCAUGGGUGCUGUUUUGACUUAUAGGCAUGAAUUAGGAAUGAACUAUAAUUUCAUCCGUCCAGACUUGAUUGUGGGAUCAUGCCUACAGACUCCUGAAGAUGUAGACAAGUUGCGUAGAAUUGGAGUGAAAACUAUAUUUUGCUUACAACAAGAUUCAGACCUUGAAUAUUUUGGAGUUGAUAUUAAUGCCAUACGAGAAUAUGCCAAGACAUGCAAUGACAUUCAACACUUGCGUGCUGAGAUAAGGGACUUUGAUGCAUUUGAUCUACGGAGGCGGCUUCCAGCUGUAGUUAGCAAAUUAUACAAGGCAAUAAAUUCCAAUGGAGGUGUAACAUAUAUACAUUGCACUGCUGGACUUGGAAGAGCUCCAGCUGUUGCGUUGGCUUAUAUGUUUUGGGUUCUGGGUUAUAAACUUAACGAGGCUCAUACACUACUUCAGAGCAAAAGGUCGUGCUUUCCAAAACUGGAUGCCAUUAAAAGUGCAACAGCUGAUAUUCUUACAGGCCUCAGUAAGAAGUCUGUCACUUUGUCAUGGGAAGACAAAAAUUGCUCUACCGUGGAAAUUUCAGGACUUGAUAUUGGAUGGGGGCAGAGAAUACCCCUAAAUUUUGAUGACAAAGAGGGUUUGUGGUUUCUCAAGAGGGAAUUGCCUGAAGGACUCUACGAGUACAAGUACAUUGUUGAUGGGGAAUGGACAUGCAACAGCGAUGAGCUUAUAACCUCUCCCAACAAAGAUGGCCAUGUCAACAAUUUUAUUCAAGUCCUUGAUGAUACAAGCAGUGUUCGUGCCUCUCUUCGGAAGAGAUUGACGGCUGAUGAUCCUGAUCUCACAACAGAUGAACAACUCAGAAUAAAGGAGUUUCUUGAAGCUUGUCCUGAUGAGGAUUAGUGAACCAUCAAUUCACGUGGUUGUUGAUAUGAAAAAUACUAGAUGCGCGCAUACAUGUUACCUAAUAAGAUUAAUCUAAACCUUACAAUAUGUUGGGUUCCUGCGGUUUAUUGAGUUCCAUAGUAAUCAAAUGUCUUGGAAAUUAUUUAAAUAGCACCAUGACCUUCAAAUUUCAAUGUACCAUGAAAUAGAAUGUGGCUAUAAAAUGAGUUUUACAUUUAUAUCCUCAUA